UAGGUGGUCGAGUUGUGUUUGGCCGGGUGGAUAUGCGCAAGCAAAGUCUAGGAGCUUUAUUUCCCCUCUCUGAUGGGAUUAUUGCCAGCAAUGGGCAGAGAGCAGAAGGAGGGUCAGCGGCUGCGUUUCUUGAUUUGCACGAUUAUAAUCUUGCCGAGCAUCGCAACGGGACACUGACCUCCUUAAAUACUGCUUUAGGAAACCUUUAACAGUGCUUGAAUUACAGGAAAAGAGAGUUGCGGGUUAUAUGAAACCAGAAAGAGACACAACUAUGACCACUGAGAAUUCCCAGCAACAUUUGGAUCCAUCCAAUCCUCUGCGCUCCAGUCCAGCGGCCGGUGCUCUGAGUGCAGCUCUGCUGAGCGCACAGUCAGUGAUGGAGAGCGCGCAUAAUGAAUCAGCCAAAGGGAAAAAGGGAAACUCCGGCUUGAGGCGACCCGAAAAGCCUCCUUACUCAUAUAUCGCCUUGAUUGUGAUGGCUAUUCAAAGCUCGCCAACAAAACGGCUCACUUUAAGCGAAAUAUAUCAGUUUCUUCAGGCCAGAUUCCCUUUCUUCAGGGGCUCAUAUCAGGGAUGGAAAAAUUCCGUCAGACACAACCUGUCUCUAAAUGAAUGCUUUAUAAAACUACCCAAAGGUCUGGGGAGACCUGGCAAAGGGCACUACUGGACUAUCGACCCGGGUAGUGAGUUUAUGUUUGAGGAGGGCUCGUUUCGUCGCAGACCUCGGGGGUUCCGUAGGAAAUGCCAAGCUUUAAAACCAAUGUACAGGAUGAUGAAUGGUAUCGGGUUUGGUGCAUCCAUGCUAUCCCAGAAUUUUGAUUUCCAAUCACCCGCAGGCUCAUUAGCAUGUCAUAGCAGCUACAAUUUGGACUUAAUGGGUAAUGCAGUUCCAGGCUUCGAUGGACUCGGAGGAGGACAUCACAUCCCACACAUGUCAUCAAGCUCCGGGUCGUCAUAUAUGGCUGCAUGUCAGGUGGCCUCUAACUCAGACUAUUGCCCCGACAGCAGCAGCAGCCCCCUGCAGUCCUCCCCAGCGAUGAUAGGCACUUUGGACUGUCAGUCUCCAUAUGCAAAUACAGCUUCACACUGGAAUACACCUGGUGUAUCGUCAUACAUCAAACAGCAGUCGGUGAGAUCGAGCAGUCCAAACUCCUCAGCUGUGCACACGGGAAUGACAUCUUACUCUCUGGAUCAGGGCUAUUUGCACCAUAAUGCUCGAGAUUCUUCUGACAUUUCAGUCGGACUGUCUCGAUAUUCCAGCCACUCAGCUCCUAUGCGUGACAGGAAGGACUUCGUUUUGAAUCUUCAUCCCAGCACCGGUGGAUCUUAUUAUCAUCAGCUUCACCACCAUCACCAAAGCGUCUAUCAGGACGUAAAGCCAUGUGUAAUGUGACAAGAAGAAGCAAAUGAGUUCCUAAAAUAAAACUCGCAAAUCCACUUCAUUUAAAUUAAGCCUUUGGCAGAGUGAUUCUAACAUAACUUCCUUAUAAGGCAGCUUAUAGAGCAGAUUUUUUUUUUCCAGUGAACUCUGACCUUUCAUUUUUUAAGUAAUCAUUUUGUUGUGGGGACCUGUUUUAGCACUUCACGUUUUCCUUAUGUGAGCCUUACUACACAUGGAUAAGCAAAAUGUAUAUUGUACUGAAAAAGGUCGAUAUAUCUGAACUUUUUCGUGCGCACUUAAUUUUGUUUUCCUGGUGGUUAAAUUGUUGCUACU